GUAGCGAACGGCUACGCUUCGGUACAGAACGUAACGAAAUGCUACGGGUGUUGUUAUAAGUGAACAAAAUGAUUUGUGCGUGCAUUUUCGCGUUACUGUUUGGAACUGUUAUUGGGAACCCGGCUAAAAUUGAUUCAAAACGUGAUCACUGCAACAAGACUGUGGAAAUCUAUGAAGAUGUGUCGUCACCUCCGGUCACGCCGGAAAACUUCGGACGUCCACUCACGUGUACAUAUAGGUUUAGAGCUUUUCGAGGUUCACCAAAAGACUGGAUUCUACGAAUACGUUUCAAGAAGUUCAAAGUCGGCACUUUAAUUAAUGGCACUACGUGUCAUAAGGGAUAUAUGCAGAUAGUUGACGGCAAUGCAAAGACAGACGUUUCAAACCGCAAGGAGCCGGGUCUCUUCUGUGGCGAGAUAGAACAACCGCAAACUUUCAUAUCGGAGACAAACUUCGUCAAAAUUGUCUUCCAUGCGGAUAACUUUACAGAUCAGACUUACUUUAGCUUUGAUUCUAGGGCGGAGCAGCAAUUUGAAGUUUAUCUAAGAUAUGGACAACAUCCGGAGUUAUAUCCUAACCGUAGAGGCGAAGUUGUUGCUGGAUCAUACUGCGAGCGGGUCUUCAGGGACUGUCGACUUCAGACGUGCUACGUGCAGUCAGCCGCCUACCCCGGGGUAUAUCCUAGGAAUCUGCACUGCAGAUACCACUUAAACACGAGACUGCCAUACAUAAAGUUAUAUAUAGAGAAUGAGGAGUUCAACAUUGAUGGUCAGAGAUGUGAGAAUAUAAUGACCUGUCCCAUGAGGCCUAUAACCUCAGGUUCGGAAAACUGUCCGUAUGAUUACAUAAGGAUAUAUGACGGAAAAGACGAGUCAGCUUCUGUCAUUGGUACUUUCUGCGGUAUGGGCAAGUUCCCGUACUCCAUAGUUGGGACAUCACAAGACCUAUUUGUGGAGUUCGUUAGUUCACCAGCAGGUCCCUUAUUAAACACUGGCUUCCAUUUCAACGUGGGGAACUGGCCAGGUCACGUGGAAGCCCCAGGAUCUAAGAUCGGAAACUGUGACUGGCUCCUCACAGCGGACUCCUUAAAGAAAUCUGGCGACACGGAAGGGAUCUUUCUCUCCGUGGCCCACUGGUAUCCUCCACAUACAUCGUGCACUUAUCUGAUGCAAGGUUUCCCUGGACAAGUGGUUAGGCUCUAUUUCCCAAGCUUUCGGAUUAACCGCAUAGAAUCUCCAAUAGUUCCAUGGACGGGUGACUGUGGGGAGUCCCUGACGCUGUAUGAUGCAGCUCGUCCUGACGAUGCGAAAAUUAUUAAGACCUUCUGCGACACCUUUAGUAGACCAAUGGAGAAGCAUGACUUUGUAUCUACUGGAAAUGCAAUGUUUGUCAGAUUUGAGAGCAAGACUGGUAGUUACAGUGGGUCGUCCCUCUACUACUGGGCUCACUACGACUUCUUCAACAACACACGCUUCGGUGAGCCAGUAAGCGGAACUGCGUGUGACGAAGUCAUUGCCUCCUGGAAGCAACGAGCUGGCAGACUCCGUUCACCACUCAACACCUUAGUAUACAAACAGGCUCCACCGGGAGAGGACGUCCAUUGCUUGUACAGAUUUGUCACAGACAAGAGAAUCUUUGCGAGAGUUAUUGUGACUAUAUUGAGCGUGAAUUUUAAGGAACAUCCUUACACACCCGUUUCGUGUCAGAAUUGUUACGAAGACAGAGCUGACAAGUUAAUCAUCUGGGAACCUUUCCCCACGGGUAGAGCUGCCAACCUUUCACUCGGAAUGACGACAACACCCCUUCCCCUACACUUGGCUGUCCAACGCUCCAUCGGCUCCUGUUUGUGCGCGAAACACGCAAACACUGUAACCCGUUCCAGGCCGUAUAGGGUCGUGUCUUCUGGGGAAUCACUUAAUUUACAACUGAUCGUUGACAAUGCGCAUGCUGCUGCUUCCUAUUUCAAAAAUCCUUCUCCACUCUUCGAAGCCAGAUAUGAGUUUGUUCACGGACCCCUCUGUGGACCAGCAGUAUUAGCCGCUGCUUCAGAUGGUGAAAUCGUGUACCCACAUCUAGAAGCAUUGGGCUAUACGGAACCACCAAAGAGGAUACAAUGUAUUUGGGAUCUUGAAAUUGAGGAGAAAAGGGAUAUUUGGCUACAUUUUGACAGCAUCAAAUUCGCGUCUCGACACUGCGAUGAUGGAAACAUACAGAUAUAUCUACCUGGAAGAAUCGAACCAUAUCUAUCAGUUUGUGGUGAAAACGUUUCGUUAGCUCGCGAACUGCCUAUACUUUCGGCUGGUGAACUUGGUUUCGAAUCUUUAGACGAUCCUCUGGUUAUGGAAAAAGAGAAGACAAGGUCUAUCCGAAUCGUAUUUAUUGGAAGUGCAUCACCAGCGCGUGCAGCUUUCAAAAUUGCCUGGACUGGUUUGUACCAUUUACCUAAAAACUCCGAUGGGACACUAAUGACAUCGCGUUUGACUGAUAGCGGUUCAUAUGCACCUGAUGGACACAAUUGUGAUUUCAUUUGUCCCGGAGAAGAAGCACUGUGUAUUCCUGCUAAAUUGAUAUGUAAUGGAGUCGUGAAUUGCCCUAAUGUAACCAGUGGUGAGAGACGGUAUUGGACGGCUGAAGAAAAACGAGCAAGAGAAGCUUAUUCAGAAGAUAGCUUGCGCAGACUUGGAUAUUUGGAUGCAUUGACUGGAGAAUUGGGCAAGCUACAUGAUGAAGCUCCAGAACUAUGCACAGGAGCGCAUAUGGCUGGGAGCGGAGAUUGGAUGGCACCUGCAUUAGGAGCAGCACUAGCAAUCGCGAUUAGCGUUUGUGCUCUUGGAGCCGCUUGGCGACUCUGUUGCCGCAAGCGCUCCCCAGACGAGGAGUCCUUGGAUUACUGACAUGCGGCUCGCGGUGCGCACGCACCGCCCACUCUGCAUUCUCGUUCAGCAUCCAGAGACCUACCCUUGGACUGGAGCUUACAUUGACAGACGCUAUAUUGAGUGCCGAAAUCUCUUGUUGAUUAUUAAUAUAUCAUAAACACAAACUGUUGGUCUGUCUAUGUAAUUUUAAAUUUAUUACUUUAAUUUGUCAGUAAUACAGAAAUGAUCUUGCAAAUACUUAGUUCAUACGCACAUUGUGGCAUACUCUAUUGUAACGUAAAUAGAGAUUUUCUAUAUUUAUGUACUAUGUAAUAGACUAUGGCACUCAAAACAUGUAAUUAGUGUAUAUACCUUUUAGAUAUCCUGAUAUUGAACGCUUUGAACAUCAUCAGAUGUGCGCACUUGAGUGCUUUCACUGGUCUUUUGUAAGGGCUUUUCAUAUUUUUACUUUGAUGAUCAAUCAAAAAGCUUACUAAGUGAACUCCUGGCUUGUUGGCCUGGCACUUUGCUCUUGAAGGCACUCUAGUGUUCGCAAACUUAUAGGUAAGUUAAAAGUGAUAGUAGUUAGUGACGUGCUUAUUUAAGUAAGGAUCUCGCUGGGGUAUAAUUUUGUCUCCGUCAAAACAAUUACGCGCUCAAUUUAAAAACUGCUGACUGAUUGUGAUUAUUUAAAUAAUUUUAAUGAGCACAACAGAAACAGAAAAUCGUAAAAAAUGUGUCCGCAUUUGUUAAACAGACAUUCAGAUGCAAAUGUUAUAAUAAAAAAUAACAUCAAGUGAUUUUGAAAAUGGAACUCAGAAUUAAUGAAUCAUUUUGUUAUGAGGAGUUUCAGAGGAUUCAAUCAUAGUUUUGUUUCUAACUACGGUCUUUAACUGCUAUGAUGUAAAUAUUCAUAAUAUUAGGGUUUAUCUAAGAAGUAAUGUGCAUGUAUUAAGGCAUAUUGUUGAAUACGUUGCACAAAUUAGCAAUUAGUUGUAUAUCCCAGGUAAAUGGUACAUGAAUGUAUGAGGAAUGAGAGCACAAUGAUUAUAUUAUAUUAUUUGUAUCGUUCUUUGAUUAAUCAAUUCUUGAUAGCCCUGAUUAAAAAGUUUUGAGUUAAUUAGUUUUUACACAUUGAAUUGGAAUUAUACCUAUAUUAGCAAACCUAUAGCUUAAUUCCAGUAUGUUUUAAAAUAUGCAACUUCUUAUCGCAACUUUUGUCAUUUUAUGGGUGGGUAGUAGUAACAAUGAUUAUUAUUUUAGAUCUCAGGGCACAGACGACUCACCUAUUUAUAGGUAAACAGAUACAGAAAGGUUUCUCCUUUAUAUACAUCUAGGUACCUAAGUCGUAAAGGUUUGAAAACACCUCUACUGGUUAUCUGGUUCCACAAAGAGGUGUAAGGUAGAAAUUCCUUUAAAAGCUGUGUUGUGGAAAAUCAGAUGACCAGGUGGAAUAGUUGGAAUAUUAUUUAUACUAGCCUAAAUCCUAAGCCGUUUGUAACAUAGAUAUCACUGUCUAUAGUUUAACUAUGGGUCAAUGUUUAUUAUUCCAAAUGUAUAUUAUAUUUAGUAUAUGUCGAAAAUGAUAAUAAUAACACUUUAUUUACAUCGUACAAAACGGAAAUAAAUAAAACAAAAGAAAAUCGGAGGUCAUACUGCUAAAAGUUUCUUACAGGUAACCCAGACGUAAAAAAAUAUAAUAAGAAACUUAAACUUACCUAAUAUAAAAUUACAUAUAAAGGUAAAAAUAACAAUAUUAUUAAUUGUUUUUAAAUAUAGUUCAACUCUGGUGGUAUAAGGUAAGCAUAUUAAAAUUCGUAAACCUGUUAAAAAUAUUUCAAACAAAUUUAAUGUGUUUAUGGGAAAUCCAUAAAUUCAAUUCUUAAAAAUAACGAUGUAUAUAAUAAUGUAAAUUCUUUAAGAGGAUUAUUAUCAGCUUGAAACAAAGAAUUGUAAUGGAUCUAUCGAGAGUCUUAACAAUUUAAGCGUAUCCAUCUCGUCAUGUUUUAUUCAACGUCAGCUCUCGAAUUAAGUUUAUUGUUCCUCCCGAAGUAGAUCAAAGUUAUUUCUUUUAUUUUUCAUUUCGUUAGGAAAAAACUUCGGAUAAAUUCAUCCACUUAUUAAGGAAUUCAAUAACUUUGCAAUUUCAGUCAUCUCGGCGUAUUUCAAUUUUAUUUGAAUAUUUUUCGCAUGUUUUGUUUAUGAAUUUUUCGAAUAUUGGUAUGUUAGCAUGUAAUACGGUAUUUCUGCCAAUAGAACGUUAUUUUUAUAUCAAUCUCCAAAUAUACGUACAAUUUUAUUUUGGACUGUUACCAAACAUUUUCUAUAUAUGUAGAUUUUGAUACGUUUAUUUAUGAUUAAGACGAUUAUCUAAUAAAAACUAAAUCAACUUAAAUUAAAUCACUGGGGGUGACAAUGUAAAACAAAAUCAUCAACAGCGACUCUUAUGUGACAUGCGUCACACGCGGCAUAAUACGUCACGAUAUCCCAUUUGUCUUGUUACAAUAAAGUUAUGCGUUUAACAUUCUCAUUUUUAUCACAGUAUUGACAUAUAAAAAAUAUAUGUACUUUAAUCCUUCAAAUAAUAAAUACAAUAUCUUUACCUGUAUCUAUUACAUGUUACUUAAGCUAAUAAAAUGUGUAUUUUAAUAAGAACUUGGGUUUUAUCCAUCAAUUCACUAGUAAGAAAGUGUUCUCUAUAUAUUAUUGAUUCCACUAUGCAUAGGUAGGCAAAAAGGUAAGACAGGCAAGUGUAGCGAGGAGCCAUCGUAUUUUUAUUCAGUGAGCGGAUGUACGCGCUAUAAACAUGAAGAAGAUAUUAGUAAUAGGUUUAGGUUAUACUUCGAGUAAAUGUUAUUUUAAACAUCACUACCUUUGUCGUUUUAUGUAGGUACCCGUAUUUUGUAUAAUGAAACUGGAAUUCCUAAUUUUUUUUAAUGCUUGUUACAUUUUUUGAAUACUUAUGAACAUUUAGAGAAAUUGUUG